CUUGAAAUGUUUUUUCCGGAAAAAGUAAUUAUUUGAGAUAAAAGAGGGGUUAUUAAACGUAACUUGUGUUUUCAUAUGGAUUAAUUGUGUUUGAGAAAGGCAGAGAUUAUUAAUUUGUACGAUUUAAUCAAGCAUAUUAAUUACGUUUUGAAAAUUUGUUCCCAGUUACGAUGUAAUGAUUCUCGGAUGUUAUUAUGAUAUUUGUAACAUUGUAUUGUUGGCAUUGAAGGUAGAAAUUUCAAUCAAUACAUAGAAAAGCCAUAUCAAAAGAAGACACAAUACAUGAAAGUGACCAAGAGAGUACAGAUGAGCUUCUAACGAAUGGCGAGUCAACGAAGACGGGAUCUCUAUCUCCGCCUGACCUUGCCCUACAAAGAUGUUCACAUAACGGUGACGAUAUUACCACAAAUCACUCUUAUAACAAACAUAUAGGUGGCUACCAUACGCUAGGAAGACAGGGUACAUAUAGUGGAAUUCCAGAGACUUUCUUGUCAAGUUUCAAAGCUAAUAGCCACGCUACUGUAAAGCGGCAUCAUUCGGCCGGUGAUAUGUUAGAUGACGCCCAGUUUAAUGGGACAGAUGAUCAAAGAUCGGGCCGACCUAGAUCCGAGGGCCACGCAUAUCAUCAAACAUUUGCUCAGAAGCGGGCUUCCAGUUACGGGGGUAAUGGUCCAUUUGGUAGGGCAGAAUCAUAUCAAAAGCUGGAGCAGCUUGGAGAAGGUUCAUAUGCAACUGUAUAUAAGGGCAUCAGCAGUUUAACAGACCAGGUUGUAGCGUUGAAAGAAAUCCGAAUUCAACCCGAAGAGGGUGUUCCAUUUACUGCAAUCAGGGAAGCCUCUCUACUGAAAGGUCUUAAACAUGCGAACAUUGUUACAUUACAUGAUAUCAUCCACACGAAAGAAACCCUCACAUUUGUCUUUGAAUUUGUAAAUACAGAUUUAAGCCAGUAUUUGGAGAAGCAUCCAGGAGGCUUAAAUACAUUUAAUGUAAAAUUAUUUUUGUUUCAACUUCUCAGAGGUUUAGCAUAUUGUCAUCACAGGAGGAUUUUACAUAGGGAUCUCAAACCCCAAAAUCUUCUAAUAAGUGAAGCGGGCGAGCUGAAGUUAGCUGACUUUGGUUUAGCACGAGCCAAAUCAAUUCCUAGUCAUACAUAUUCCCACGAAGUAGUCACGUUAUGGUAUAGACCACCAGAUGUCCUCCUUGGUUCUACAAACUAUUCAACAUCCCUAGAUAUGUGGGGUGUAGGUUGUAUAUUUACAGAGAUGUUAGCGGGUAUGGCCACAUUCCCUGGCAUGAAAGAUGCCUACGAUCAGCUGGACCAGAUUUUCAGAAUACUGGGAACCCCUUCUGAGAAAACCUGGUCUGGAGUCUCUAAAUUUCCACAGUAUGAUGACAGAAAAUUUGUCAAUUAUACUAAACAGAGUCUUUCCACAAUAGUUCCAAAACUUGCCUAUCUGCCACAUGCAGAAGAUCUGGUCAAUGAUUUCCUACAGAUGGAUCCAAGACAAAGAAUCUCAGCUAAAGCCGCCAUGUGGCAUGAUUAUUUUUGUGAUUUACCGACAAAAAUUCAUGAUUUACCUGAAGUCGCCUCUAUAUUUAACAUUCCUGGUUUAAGUUUGUACCCAGAAAUGGAUGACAUGAUCACCCAGUCAAUGUCCCCUGCCAAGCCUACACGACGUUCCAGAAUUAGAACUACACUAAAAGUGUAAUAAAUAUACUAUAGUGCACUGUGUUUUAUAUAUAAUUGAUGCAUAUUUGAUGCAUUUUAUCUUGGGCUUUAUCAAAGACAAUAUUCAACAGUAGUGUUCUUCAGUGCUUGAAUGAAGUCAUGUGUAGCAAGUGCUUUUUAUGACAGGAAUUGAAAUUUGGAAUUAUCUUGCCAUGGUGUACUGAUGGAUAAACAAUAUGUUCCAAUAUUUCACAUAUGUAGCAGUUUGAAUACAAGGAAUAUACGAAUGCAGAAUUUUAUAUCAGCAGACCAAAAUAAUAACCAAACAGAAAAAACAUUGAUCAUUUUCUAUUUUAGGUAUGUUAAGUGAUAUAGAACAAUCACUGAAUUUAAAUAAUUGAAACCAGUCAUGUAAUGCUGUGAUGUAGUUUGAAGUUUCAAAAUCAAAUAUUUUACUGCAGAACGGUUUCCUAAGAUUUCAGAGGAUAUAGAAUCAUUCUUUAAGUUAUUUAAAAUUUGAAGACCAGUCAAUAAAUGCUGUGAUGUCAUUGGUUAAAAUUCAGAUUCAGGGCAGGGAUAGCCAAUCAAAUGAUUGGAGUUAUAGACUGGUUAUUUUAAAUUUUUAAAUUUAGUUUUGUUGUAAUUGGGGAUAACUUCUUGCUAGAAUUCCAUUUAAAUCUGAAUAGAAACGCACCUGAAAAUUGGAGAAGAAAUGUUAAAACAUGUUGUUGCUUUUUUUGUCAGGAAUACCGGUAUGUACGUUUUUAAAAUGAUAUAUGCAAAGAUGGAAUCAAAAGAAGAGGAAAUGGAUUAAAAAAAAAUAAUUUUUAAUCAAUAAUGACAUAAUAUUUGUUGUUCAAAUUUCAUAAUGAAAUAUUUUAUGUUUUCCCAAGUUUUUAUAUAUAAAUAUCAUUAAUUAUGCAAAGAAUAGCAAUAUGGCAUAUGUGAAAGACUUGGCUUCUUGGCUUCUGUUAUGUCAAGAAAGGAUUUGUCAGUUUCAAAUGAAAAUACACUUAUCUACUUGAUAGUCCCAUAUCAAGUCUCAAGUCUUGAUGAGAGACUCGAAACUUGUCCCAAUACUUUCUUGUGUGGCAAACAACCAUAUUGUUUCCAUUUAACGCCCCGGGGCUUACAUAUUUAUCAAAUUGGGGCGAUAAUUAGAACUAAAAAAAUGUGCUUUAAAAUAUGUGUAUUAAAGAUACAAUUCAAUUAUAAAAAUCAUAAAUCAUUAUUUUGAUCUUUUAUCAUUAAAAUAUUUGGAGUUUUUAGAUUGUUUCAUUAUGGAUUAUAAAUUUAUAGGGUAAGAUUUAUUUCUUCUACAAAAUGUGGUUAGGGACGCUUAUUAGAGGGGGUGCUAAAUGGAAACAAUAUGGUAUAUGAGAUGUUAUAGUAAUUAUUGUUUGAUAAGAUUUAAGAGUACUUUAAGUAUUCAGUGAUCAUAUCCAUUUAAAAAUAAAUCCUUCAAAAUAUAUUUCCUCCAUCAGUUCAAUAUUUGUGUUGAUUUUAUAUUUAAAUGGUAUUUGAUUUGUAUAAUAAACAUUUUCUCAUUGGUCGGUUUAAAUUCAGAAAAAAAAUUAACCAAUCAAAAGUAAAUGGUAUUUAAUGUGUAUAUUAAAACCAUUCUCAUUGGUCGGUUUAAAAUUCAAAAAAUAAAUUUUUAACCAAUCAAAAGGCUAUGAUCUAAAACAAGUGAUAUAUCCAAAUCCAAUAAGCUGUAAAUCUUUUUGUUAAAAGAUAUUUGUAAUUUUACAUUAUAACAUUGUAUUUUACAAAAUGUCAAGAUUUUUUCAAUUCCUAUUGUGAUAUUGAAAUGUUACAUGUUGCGUUACAUAAUAACAGAAUUCAUGUUUGUAAUAAAUAAUGAACCAAAAAGGUUAAUACAUACAAUGUAUGUAACACUAUAUAUUCAGGAAUGAUCAGGAAUUUAUACAUUCCAUUAUGAAACCUUAGAGAUUUUUUUUUAGAAAUUCAACUGGUUUAUUUGUGUUUGAACCCAAGCAAAUGCAUAGAUCCUUAACUUUAGUAUUACUUAUUAUCAAAUAAGUGGAUGCAGUAAAAGUUUCUCAAGAACAUAUUUGUUAACAAAAGAGCACAAUUGUUCAUGUUUGUGGUUAAAUCUAUUGUUAUACAAAUAAAAGGUCAGAGUAGGGAUCUAUCAUUAGAUAAGAAAAAAGUUGUGUGCUUCUGAACUAUUACAAAAUGUUACUACAUUAUCACACAUUGUAUUCAUUUAAUAGGGCACUUUUUAUUUAAGAAAGAUUUUCUUUAGUUUUCUUUAGGAAAAAAUGAAAAUUUCAAAGAAUAAGGUCAUCAAGUUUGUUUUUUUAAGUUGCAAGUGAAAAAAAACACAGUUUUAAGAAAUGCAUUGUUUUUGAUAAGUUGAAAGGUAAACACAUAGCAUUGGUAUUUUGUAUUAUAUUCAUUUUAUAUUUUGACACAAAGAAAAUAUUGUUUUUACAGAAGAUAUUGAUGUAACUUUAAAGGGACUCCACUGAGGUUUUUUGACAUGACGGGACUGGAAAUAUUUUUCCAAGAUUUAUACACCUCUUGAUAAUGGUCUGAACCAAUAAAUUAUGUGCAAAUGUUAAGAUCAUUCCACCAGCCAGUUUUUGUGUGUUUAUUUUUUCAGAAUAAUUAUUUUUAUUGAACAAAAUGACCCAAAAUUGAAAAGCGUAACAAUUCUUUUCACACAAACCAGUCUAAGAAUUGCACAAAUAUUGAUGUUCAAUUCAAUUCUGAGUAUAUUUUUCUUCUUUUUUUUUAAUCAAGAGCAGAUUUUUCCAUUGUAAAUACUACACUUGAUCUAUGUUAAGAAUCUCAAAGUUUUGUUUUUAGGGUUUUUAACCUCAGUCGAGCUCCUUUAACUUUUGUAGCUACUAUCAUGAUAAUAAAAUGGCUGAAGUUUUCCAAAUCAUAUCAUGGUAUCAGGAUAUGUUGUCAUAUAUACAAAACAGUAUUAAGCACAAUGUUCGUUUUAAA